UACUAGCGGGGCGGACACCGUCCCAGGCGCGGCUGCACGCGCCGUCACCGGCCCGCCACGCACCAGGAGGGAGCUGACGGAGCUGCCAGCGGAGCCGACGGAGCUGGAGAGCAGGCCGGCGGAGCGCGCGCCAUGUGAGCGGGGCUGCUCCGGUGCCGCCGUCAGCGCUCCGUUCGCCAUGUCGCUCUCCCCGCUGCCCUCGGUGCCGCCCUGCGGCGACGACGGCGGCGACCUGACCAGCCUCAACUGGCUGCAGCACCUGAACCUGGCGCCCUUCUCGACGCCGCCGACGCCGCCGGCCUCGCCGCCGGCCGAAGCGAGCCGGGAGCGACGGCGCAAGAAGGCCGAGCUGGUGCUGCCCAACAUCGACUACAAACAGUGCUGCGUCAAGCCGCCCUUCUCCUACGCCACCCUCAUCAUCAUGGCCAUGGAGGACAACAAGAAGAAGAUGACGCUGGCAAGCAUCUACAAGUGGAUCAAGGAGAACUUCAUAUACUACAAGUCGGCAGAUCCCAGCUGGCAGAACUCAAUCCGUCACAAUCUGUCGCUCAACAAGUGCUUCAUGAAGGUGGCCCGCUCCAAGAGUGAGCCCGGCAAGGGCGGCUUCUGGCGGCUGGACCCGGAGUACUCAAGCAACAUCGUCAACGGCGUGUUCAAGAAGCGGCGGCCACCGUUCCUGCGCCCGGGCUACACCAAGAAGAUGCGUCCGUCGCAGCGGCCGCCGCCGCCGCUGGCGUCGGCGACGCCGGCCGGCAUGUGCGUGGGUCGGCUGGAGCCGGCGCGCACCGCCGUCUGGGACCCGGCCGCCGGCCGCGAGGUCGAGCUGGAGGCUCUGCGCUUCAGCGCCGACUCGCAGCCGACCGAGCUGCUGGCGCCGACGCAGCUGUACAUGACGGGGCUCAGUCCCGAGAGUCUGGUGGGCGCCGAGGAGGAGAUCUUCAGCCACUCGGAGCUGAGCGACGCCUCCAGCGAGAGCCCCGACUCUCUGACCAGCUCGCUGGACCUGUCGCUGUACGCCGGCGCGGGCGGCGCGCUGCCGCCGGCGCCCCUGCACGCCGUCGACCUUGCCGGCCUCGAGCCGGCGGCCACCGGCCAGGCGGCCAUCGCCGUGAGCUACGCGCAGCCCCACUGGGAGAUCAGCCGCGCCCUCUCCAUGCUCGACUCCAGCCUCGACCUGGAGGGUCUGAUCGACAUGGAGGGAAUGGUUAGCGGCAUAUAGAGCGGCGCUGCGGCCGGCGGAGGGCUGCGCCGCACCAGCCCGGA